GUUUCUUUGAUAUUUUUGAUGGCUGAACCAUCUAGUCCACACAAUGUGGAGGGUGAAAACCCUGAACAGCCGAUAGUGGCUGAGGAAGAAGACGAGGAUGAUGAUGUUGAUGUUCCCGGUGGUGGGUUACCGGUGUUGAAGUGGACAAAAGGUAGUUUUAAAACUCUGAUGGCCACUGUUCAGAUGGCCAAAGACUGGAAUGCUACUUACCCACAAGUGGGGGACACCGGUGCCGAUGCUCCGGCCGGUUAUAUAACCUUGUGGGCGGAUUUUUUCACCCACGGCAACCUUAGGUUGCCGGUGACGGUGUUUGUGGCGGAGGUAUUGGAGUAUUAUCACCUCCAUAUCUCCCAGCUUAGUCCUUUCGGAAUGUUCCGAAUUCGGAAUUUUGAGUACACAUUCCGUGCCCAUGGCCUGCCCAUUUCAGUGGAGAAUUUCCGGCGUUUCUACCAGUUGACGGUGAACACCGGUUUUUUCUCGUUCACUCAAAGGCAUGGGAGUCUGAAGUUGAUGACACCCCCUAAAGGUGUGACAGGCUGGAAGAAGAGGUUCUUCUACGUGAAAGCCUGUGCGGUCUAUGCUAACAUGUCUUUCAGGAAUGUCGAUGUUGGAGUUUCCGACGAAGAUAUUCCUGUUGCUUCCGCGAAGACCGCGGACUGGUUCUCUAGGCUGCGGCCUAUUGAACUCAAGAAGUUGGAUAAUGACCAACUGUGGAUAUUGCGGAUGAUGCUCUCUAGACCGGAUAGGAAGGAAAGGCCCGUGUUGCGGGAACAGGGUGGUGCGGAUGCGGUUGGCUUGUGGAGGAUGUUUGAGCCUGAUUUCAAGGGCCAGGUUGAACUGAUCGCGGUUGAGCUGAAGAAAGGUUUCAACCUUGAAAUUCUGAAGAACUUCCGCGUACCAUCAAAAGCGGUGCUGGAAGCCCCGGUUCCGGGAGACGCAAGAGGUGUCCUUGCGGAUUUGGGGAAGUUUGAGAAACGCGUCCCCAAAAAGACUGUGGAGAAGAAAACGGUAAAAAAGACCGUGCGGGGUUGUGGCAAGGGGAGUGUUGAAGGCUCAGCUGCCCCUGCUUCCGUUUUCGAAGCCGCAGAAUCCCGAGAUGCGGGGUAUUCUUUUUUCGACAUUCCUGCGUCUCCUCUGCACACCGCUGCCGCGGGUGCGGGUGUAACGAAAGAGACGGUCGCGCCCAAGGAGCCUGCGGCCCCUUUUGUUGGGCCAGUUCGUGUUCCCCCUUUGGAGAAGACGGUGGAGACGACUGUUGACCGGAUUUUUGAUACUGUGGACUCCUCUGACAAUCUAAUCUCUCCUGAUGAGGGUGAUGGAUUGAACUUGAGGUUUUCAGAUGCCGGGGGAUGA